AUGUAUUAUUCAUUAGAUGCUCUAGGCCAGUUACCUAUUCCACGCUAUACUCAAUUAUGUCUUAUCUACUCACUCGACGCUCCUUCAUAUGUGUGCAUCGAAAAAACGUUGAAAAACGGCCUUCAUCGACUUUCAAUAGCGUUUCCUUGGAUUGCAGGCGAGGUUGUUUUUGAUGGUGCUUCCGAAAAUCACUUGAAAACUAAAAAAAUUAAGUUCACAAACAGUAUCCCACUCAUUAUCAAAGACUUGAGAAAUGAGGAGCAUUCGAUACCAACAAUGAAUGAGCUUCGACAAACCAAAUUCCCCGUUUGCUCAUUGGAUGAAAGUGACAUCGCGCCUUGUCGUAGCAUUAUUCUCCCAAGUGCUACAGUGGAUUCUAAAGCACAUGUAGAACCCGUUUUUAUGAUACAAGCUAAUCUUAUAACCGGAGGCCUUUUGCUCACCGUUGCUGGCCACCACAGCGCAAUGGAUAUAACCGGGUUAGGUGAGGUUAUCCGGUUAUUAUCAAAGGCUUGCCAUGAGGAGCCAUUCACGAGUGAAGAACUAGUUAGUGGUAACCUAGACCGUCAAAAUAUCAUACCAGUAUUCGACGAGUCUUAUAAGCCAGCAGCAGAACUUGGUCACCAUAUAAGAACUUCAAAUGAAACAAACAAUAACGACAAAAGUAAGUGGUUACUAUCUUCGCAGUGCAACUGGAGAUGCUUUGUUUUUGAUGAAAAGUCACUUCAUGAUUUGAAGCUACUUGCUUGCGAUGCCGUAUCAGACUCUAUAAGCUAUGUUUCCACUGACGACUCACUGACUGCUUUGAUUUAUCAAUCUGUUAUCCGCUCACGCCUUUCUCGCUUAAACCCUACAGCCAAUGUAACCUGCUCUCGCAUUGUAAAUGUUCGAAAAUUUCUUGACAUCCCUCCUGGUUACCCUGGUUUUGUCAUAAGUCCAGUCUAUCACACUUACACGGUUGCGGAAUUAGCUGAGAAAGCACUAGGUGACGUUGCAUUGCAACUUCGCUCGGCUUUAGAUCCCUCGGAUCUAGCAUAUAGAACCCGAGAAGUUGCGACCUGUAUCUCCCGUAUAGAGGAUACGAGUGCCAUAUCACUUGGUCCAAGAGUCAAUUCCGUUGAAGGAUUGGUUUUAAGCUCAUGGGCAAAGGUAAACUGUCGUGAUCUUGAUUUCAAUCUUCAUUUGGGAAAACCAGAGGCUAUACGAAUCCCCUUGUCAAUGACUUUUGAAGGUGUUGCUCACAUACUACCCAAGAGUGCGAAUGGCGAAGUUGCGGUAGCAAUUUGUUUGAGAGAUGAAGACAUGGAACACCUGAAAAUGGAUGAGGAGCUUAGUAAAUAUGCUGUUUACGUUGGUUAAUUUCACAAAAUGAAAGGAACUACCCUAGAAUGCUAAUCUCUAACUAUCCUUGAAUGUGUAUGAUUUGGAUUUAUUUAUUUUAAUAUUUAUUUAUGAUCUUGGGUAAUUGGUGCUUUCCACUAAAACAUCUUUAAUAACGAAA